AUGUCCUGGCAGUCGUACGCGGUGCGGCUGUCGUCGGGGCACUCAUGGACCGACAGCUCGGGCGCGCCGGCGUCGCGUGACUUCCUGAUGACAGUGCUCAGCAACGUGGAGGGCAUCGCCAUCCGAGCCGGGCCUCAGUCCGCCGGCGGCGUGCUCAACUCCCGCCUGAGGAACGUGGUGCUGGGAACAGCCUCGGCCGUCCCGCUCGUUCCGAGCCUGAUUAAGGUGGACAUAGUGGAGAAUUGCAGAUGCCCAGCUGAAUACAAAGGAAUCUCAUGUCAGUCUUGUUCCGAUGGCUAUUACUUGGACAAGGACCGAAACGCCUGCGUGGACUGCCCGUGCAACGGCAAUGCGAGGUCCUGCUCGGUCGACGAGGAUGGCGCUGUGCAGUGCCAGUGCAACACUAACUACUCUGGCGCCAACUGCGAGAUAGGCGGGGAGCCGGACACGACCGCUGAGCCGGCGCCGCCGCCGUCGCCGCCGCGGGUCACCAUCUCGCCGAGGUACCUGCAGCUGCGCGCCGGCGAGCCGGCCCAGCUCGAGUGCCAGGCCGAGGGCAGCCCGCCACCGGCACUACACUGGACCGGCGGCCGCAACGACAUCAUCGAGCCUGACGUGUCACUCAUCGACGGCUUGCUGGUGAUCAGCAGCGUGCAGAAGGCGCACGAGGCCGAGUACACGUGCACAGCCACCAACGCCGCCGGCUCAGACUCGGUGCGCACCAUCAUCUAUGUGAGCGCGGCCGAGCCGACGGCGCCGCCGCCGACGGUCGGCCCGGCCGCGCCCCAGCGGCUGGUGGUGCCGGCCGGCGGCACACUCCAGCUCGACUGCAGCUCGGCCCAGGCGGACGUUGUCGCGCUCUGGAGCCGCUUGGAGGGCCAGCAGCUGUCCCAGGGGGCAUCACAGCUGAACGGACAGUUGACCAUCGUGGAUAUGCAGCCUGCUGACGAAGGCGUGUACAUCUGCACGAUGACAGAUCCACAAGACCCUGUAUACCGGGAGGAGAUGCGCGCCGAGGUGCGAGUGCCGAGAGCCACCCGCCUGACGAUCAAGCCGGAGCGACAGACGGCGCGCCAGGGCGGCAGUGCCGAGCUGCAGUGUCAGGCGUCAGACGGCUCGGCGGGCGGCGAGGUGCGCUGGUCUCGGGCUGGCCAGCCGCUGCCCGCCGGCGCCGAGCAGGCGGGCGGCUCGCUGCUGCUGCGGAACAUCGCACCGGCGGACCGCGGCGUCUACGUCUGCUCCGUCGACGGCGCCCAGUCGUCGGCCAUCGUGGAGGUGGAGCGGCUGGAGCAUCCCGUGGUGGAGCUGUACCCGGCCACCUCGCAGCAGGUGGUGAGCGGCGGCUCGGCGCUGAUCCAGUGCCGCGUCACCGCCGGCCAGCCGGAGCCCCAGCUCAGCUGGACGCGUGCCGAUGGCAGUCCGCUGCCGCGCUCCGCCGAACAGGUGUCCGGCGGUGUCAUCAGAUUCCUCCGCGUCACUGGCGAGGAAGAUGGACAGUACGUGUGCACGGCGACCAACGCGGCGGGUUCGGCCAGGGCCUUGGCGAUCCUGGACGUCAUGUCGCCCCCUGUCAUCAGGCUCGAGCAGCCAACGCUGUAUAGGGUGUCGGAGGGCCAACGGGUGCAGCUGCGCUGCUCCGCCAGCGGCGACCCCACGCCUUCUGUGACCUGGGAGGGCGGCGGCGUCCGGUCGGGCGUGUCGGGUGUUCCGGGUCGCGCCAUACUGUACAUCGACGACGCCUCGGCCGCCGACGCCGGCGUGUACACGUGCCGCGCCGAGAACGACGCCGGCCGCGCGUCCGACCGACUGCGGCUGGUGGUGGAGCCGGCCGACGACGGCAGGCGCCCGGCGGCCGGGGGCGGCCGGCCUCCCGUAUACCCCACCGGCUCGGCGCGCCCCUCCGAGGAGGUGUACGUCGUGCCGCUCAACGGCAGCGCCGAGCUCAUCUGCCUCGUCGAAGGUUCCAGCCCUCCAGUCCGCAUCACGUGGGUUCGCUCCAGCGGCAAUAUGCCAGACAACCACGAAGUGCGAGAUGGCACUCUGUACAUCUUCCGCGUGCAGAAGGAGGCAGAGGGUACCUACACCUGCCUGGGCCAUGGCGCGGGUCAGCAGGUGCUCUUCCGGGCGGACGCCACGCUCCGAGUGAUCGAGCCGCCACGGGUGCAGGUGGAGCCGCUGCGCCAAGUGGUCCAGCUGGGAGACGCGGUCAGCAUCCAGUGCUCUGCCACCGGCGACGAGCCGAUCUCGGUCUCCUGGGAGCGCCUCAGCGGACCGAUGCCCGACUCGGCCUCCGUCGUCCAAGGCAUCAUCGCUUUCUCUUCGAUCGCCGAGUCAGACGCCGGCCGGUACAUCUGCGUGGCUGAAAACACGGCAGGCCGCGCCCAGGGCGUGGCCGAGGUUCUCGUCAGCGAGGGCGCCCGGAUCGUGGCGUUCGACCGUGACGUGCGGGCUUAUGUCGGCGGCACGGUCACCAUGCGCUGCGACAGCUCCGGCUUUGACGGCCGCAUCAGCUGGUCCCGCGAGGAGGGCCCGCUGCCCGACAGCGCCGUCGCCGACGACAUCUCACUGACCCUGAGCGACGUGGACGAGUCGGCGGCGGGCCGCUACGUGUGCUGGGUGCUGGACCAGUACGGCCGGCGCCAGGAGGACGUCAUCACACUCCAGAUCGAGCCCCCGGGUCCGGAGCCUCUGGCCGUCGCGUGCGCCCCGGGUAUGUUCCCGUGCAUGUCCGGCGAGUGCCUGGCGAUCGGCGACUUCUGUGACGGCCAGCCCGACUGUGCCGACGGCUCGGACGAGUCGGGCUGUUCGCCCCAGUACGGCCAAGGACGAAAUGCAGCUUUGUCUCUGCCACCGGAGGAGACGCCACUCGAGUCCACGGCCAAUGACGAUGUGGCCGACGACACUGCGACCGACGGCGCCGUGGCCGACGACACUGCGGCUGACGACACCGCGGCCGACGACGACGCGGCCUACGACACCGCGGCCAAUGACGCCGUGGCCGACGACACUGCGGCUGACGACACCGCGGCCGACGACGACGCGGCCUACGACACCGCGGCCGACGGCGACGCAGCCGACGAUACUGCGGCCGACGACACCGUGGCCGACGACGACGCGGCCUACGACACCGCGACCGACGACGACGCGGCCUACGACACCGCGGUCGACGACGACGCGGCCGACGACACCGCGGUUGACGACGCCGCGGCCGACGAUGCUGCGGUCGACGACGCCGCGAGCGACGAUGAUUCUGCCGCCGGUGUCCCAGCCUACGACGACGCGGCCUACGACGCUGCCGCCUAUGACCUCGCGGCCUUCUACGAUGCGACCUACGACACUGCGGCCGACGCCGAGCCGGCCUACGACACUGCGGCCGACGCCGACGAAAAGAAGCAGGAGGUCGGCAGCAGUGAGGGGUAUUGACAGGAGUAGGGUGUGUUGAUGUGCUGAGCUGUAGAGCCGGGUGUGUGCGUAUAGCGCUCGGUAGCGUGGGCUUGCGCUCGCCUUUGCUGGGAUCUGUAGUCACGCUCGCGGACUGCGACAGUGCUCACUAAACAAUUACUGCCAUGUUCGGUGCCCAGUGCACCUUUCUCUGCACUGCCACUGCUUGGACUGCGUCUUUUGUAUUGCUCUUUAGAAAUAUAGUUUGGUAUAUCA